AUGUCGCGAGAAGGCGAAGUCGAAGGAGCAGAGAAAGCACUGCUAGAAAACAUUGCUAACGAGCUUAUGCAGGAGUGCAGGCAUAGCGCGCCUGGAGCUCGUCUUACUGCCCGAGUGCGCACUGCACUUGAAAGAUUGUCUCCAGUCCAAAGACGCGAAGUCGUGUCUCGUACCCGUGAUGGCUGUGCGCCAUUGUUCGUCGCGUGCCGGCGUGGCAACGCUGAGUUAGCUGAGUACCUUGUGCACGUGUGUGAUGCUCCUCUGGAGCAGCGCGGUGUCUAUGAAGUACCAGAUGAUCGUUCAGCGCACUCCGUCACGCCUUUGUGGUGCGCCGCCGUGGCCGGACGCCUUGCUGCCCUCACAGUACUUGCCGAUGCGGGAGCCGACCUCAACGCCGCCUCCGACUCGGGCUCUACGCCUGUACGCUCCGCUUGCUUCAUGACGCACUUGGACGUGGUAGAAUUUCUCGUGCAACGGGGCGCUGACGUUAACCGGCCCAACCAUCACGGAGGUACAUGCCUCAUUAACUCAGUGCAGUCAGCACAUCUUUGUGCCUAUCUAUUGCAGCACGGUGCGCGAGUCGACGACUGUGAUACCCAGAACAAAACUGCCCUCCACUAUGCAAUCCAGGAGCACCGAGUUGAAACCGCGCGCCUGCUUCUACGCCAUGGCGCAUCGCCGCAUCUAACGUCGCGCGCCGGUGACGACGCUCUGCGGACUGCCUGCCUCAAAGGCGCCUCACAAAUCGUUGCGCUCCUACUGGCCUCGGUACCAUACGGGUCCGAGCGCUGCGCCGACGCACACGAAUUGCUCGGUGCUACGCAGCUCGACGAGUUCAACGACGUCGCUGCGGCUCUAGCGUCUUGGCGUCGCGCCACCGACAUUCGUUACGAGGUCGACGGCUACAUCGAGAAGCGACCGUGGCUGCCGCAGGAACCGGACGGGGAAGCGCUUAGGGCGGUCGCUGGCGACGCUCUCGAAGGAGCCCACGAGUGGCGCACGCUCGAAGAACUCGAGGAGUUGGCGACGGACGCGGAUUUGCUGCGAACGCAGGCGUUGCUGGUGGCUUCAAGAACACUAGGCCCCUCGCACAAGGACUGCAUGUUUCGCCUCAUGUAUCGAGGCGCCGCUUACGCCGACGCUGGCCGGUAUCAGCGUUGCGUCGAUCUGUGGACCUGGGCGCUGCACGUGCGAAUCGUGCGCGACACGCUACUGCACGCAGACGCUUGUCACACCGCCAGUGCCCUCACGCGCCUAUUGCUCGACGCGCAGGCGGGCCGUCUCGAACGUGCCGUCGGUAUGCCGCGUCACGAGGACGUGGCGCGCGUUUUUGAACUCGUCGCUGGUCACCUACCGGAGUGCCGACGUGCUUUAAACGCGAGACCGAUGCACAAGAAACAGGCGGAGACGUUUGAUCGUGCGCUGCGAUGCGUGACACACUUGCUGCAUCUACUAUUGGCGACGGCGCGCGACGACCGGCAGCGCGAAAGUACAGCGGCAGCUGCUCGGCGCCUGGUGGAGGCCGACGUACGCAGCGCGCACACAGGCGAUACUCUAUUGCAUCUGGUGGUUUCGCGGCUAAACGUGGUGCGGUCGACGUACUUCACGGACGAGGCGGGCGUCGCGAGCGUGUUUCCGAGUGCCGAGGUGGCUAAACUACUGCUGGCGUGCGGCGCCAAUCCCCGUGUUCGCAACGAGGCGCGGUCGACGGCGCUGCACGUGGCGGCCAUUCCCUACAACCAGUCUCUACAAGUGGUCGAGACGUUGUUAGCGGGCGGUGCACAUCUGGACCAGCCCAACAAGUUCGGCGACUCAGCGGGCGAAUUGCUGGCUUUUAGUGGUGGCGCGCAAAUACGGCCUCUGGUUCACAUGUCCCUGGCUUGUUGGGCAGCUCGCGCUCUGCUUGAGGCCGCACCGCCUCCCCCACACUUGCCCGCCGCUCAAACGUUUUACGCCCAAUUGCUGCCGCGCACCCUGCUCGAAUUUCUUGAUCUUCAUCGCCCCUUGCUGCCGCCGUAG